CCUUUGUGCAUUGAAGACUUUAGAUUCCUCUCUGCGGUAGACGUGCACUUAUAAUUAUUUGAUGGGGUGGAUUCGUGGUCGGAGGUCUCGACACAGCUGGGAGAUGAGUGAAUUUCAUAAUUAUAACUUGGAUCUGAAAAAGAGUGAUUUUUCAACACGAUGGCAAAAGCAAAGAUGUCCAGUAGUCAAAAGCAAAUGUAGAGAAAAUGCAUCUCCAUUUUUUUUCUGCUGCUUCAUCGCUGUAGCCAUGGGAAUCCGUUUCAUUAUUAUGGUAACGAUAUGGAGUGCUGUAUUCCUAAACUCAUUAUUCAACCAAGAAGUUCAAAUUCCCUUGACCGAAAGUUACUGUGGCCCGUGUCCUAAAAACUGGAUAUGUUAUAAAAAUAACUGCUACCAAUUUUUUAAUGAGAGUAAAAACUGGUAUGAGAGCCAGGCUUCUUGUAUGUCUCAAAAUGCCAGCCUUCUGAAAGUAUACAGCAAAGAGGACCAGGAUUUACUUAAACUGGUGAAGUCAUAUCACUGGAUGGGACUAGUACACAUUCCAACAAAUGGAUCUUGGCAGUGGGAAGAUGGCUCCAUUCUCUCACCCAACCUACUAACAAUAAUUGAAAUGCAGAAGGGAGACUGUGCACUCUAUGCCUCGAGCUUUAAAGGCUAUAUAGAAAACUGUUCAACUCCAAAUACAUACAUCUGCAUGCAAAGGACUGUGUAAAGAUGAUCAGCCAUGUCAAUAAAAGCCAGG